AUAUAUGUGUGUAUGUAUAGUUCCAUCUUAUGCGACGGUCGACGACUCCAAUCAAUUUUCUCUUCUCUUCUCCAUCUCUAUCUCUAGGUAUCUGAAAUUUGCUGAAAAAUGCCGCAAGUUGAUCUUGAAACGUUGGUUGCAGCUUGCGCAGGGGGCGGCGCCGAUAACAAGAUAGCCUGCGAGACGCUGGCGGACGGAGGCGAUGAGAAGCCGCCGGCGAAGGAGGAGGAGGAGGAGGAGAGGGAGCCGGAUCUGCCGCCGGAAUCGUUCUGGCUGUCCAAGGACGCCGAGUUCGAUUGGUUCGAUCGCAACGCCUUCUACGAGCGCAAGGAGUCGACCAAGGGGAACACGAACGCCAACUCCAAUCCGACUUCCAACUCCGCCUCGCAAAGGUUCUCCAACAACUUGAAGUCCAAAGCGGCGAUGAUCGGAUUGCCGAAGACGCAGAAGACGAGUUACGUUGACACCACCAAGCGGAGGAACUGCAAGCCGCCGAACAUCCGGCUGUUCCCUAAGCGGCCGGAGUCGGUCGGGAAAUCGGUUUCGAUGGCGGAGCCGUCGUCGCCGAAGGUGUCGUGUAUGGGGAGGGUUAGGUCAAAACGAGGCCGCCGAAAAUCGUCCGAAUCGGCAGCCUGUGCGGCCAAGGCGGAAAAUCAGUCGAGAACCGGCCGCCGGGUCCGGCGUGUAGGGAUCAUCGGCCGUUUCGUGGCUAUCUUCCGGUCUGAUCGGAGUUCAAAACCAGUAGCUAAAACCGACGAACCGGUGCCAGUCGAAUCACCGCCGAGGAAGAGCUCGGCGGUCAGAAACCUGGAUUCUCCGAGAAGCGCUGAUCAGGAGCCUCCCGGUUUGGGAGGAAUGACGCGGUUCGCAUCGGGCCGUAGAUCGAGGGUCUCGUGGGGAACGGAAGACUUGGAGCAGAGGCUGGAGGAUAACGUGUCGAAGUUUUACUCGUCCGAUUCAGAGAGUGGGCCCGACGGAAGGAGAUGAUUGCGGUCGUGAUGGCUGGCGUGAUUUUCCUUCCGCGAGUGGUGGUUGAAUAUUAUGGGAUCGUGGAUCUGACAUGGCAUGUUCGACUACGACGGCUUUUUACUCGUUGAAAGAAUCAGCAAACGUUACAAACCCACUUCAAACUCUCGGCACGAGAUUAAAUCAAGAACAGAGAGAAUUGAGAAAUUAAGUCGUCAGCCAACACACACAACUACCAGUUGGAGAAGUCCAUUAAUUGGUACAAACAAAACAAGCUCUUCAUGCAAUUAAUAAUAAUUAUUCUGCAACAUUAAAAAUAAUUAGUACUUAAGUUCAUCGAACAGUUCAAUCUCCCUGUCGUUCAAAGGCUGGACGGGCCUGCUAUUGUCCUUGCAAUUUGAUUUCAAUGGAGCUUUCAAGUCUAAAACUUGCUCUUUAGUUAUUUCUUUCACCUGCAUAAACAAAAAUGAAAUGAUAUAUAGUCAGUCAUAUAUAUAUAUAUAUACCCAACAUCACAUUGGAUGGUGGAUGGAGGAGGGACAAAAGACUUAUUAGUACCAACUUACUUUAGCGAAGACGUUCCAGAUGACAUCCUCGGAGCAUGGAGGAGUGGUGAGGGAGCCGUGAUAUCUGUAGUAGUUACGAGUGUUUCGGCUCAGCUUCCAGAUGUCGAACGUUCCCACCUCCACUCUCUCUGCCUUCUCCUCACCCAACUUAACCAGUUUGUUUUGGAUCUGAAGAAACCAAACCAAACCAAAUUGUCAAAAAUGCUCUUCCAUUUAUGUUUUUAACGUUGAUGAUUAUAGAAACAAACAGCAUGCAUAUUACCUCAGAAAGAAUGGGAUCAUCAUCACUACUAACUUUGUAAAGGAAAGCUACAACUGAAUGGCUCCCAUCAUCGGCCAUGUGGACCAGAUGAAGCUCUGCAUCAUAUCUGAAAGCAUGGAAAAUUAUUUUCAAGCUUUGCUCAAACCUAACUAACUCAAAUCAAUUCAAAGUCAAGUAUUGAUCGGGUUGAGAAUGUGUGGUGGAUACCUAACACCAUUAAUUGUGUGUUCAGAAGGAGUAUGCCAGUGCAUUCUCGACAGAGUAUAGUUCUUGUCAUUUAUGGUUAAUCUUCCAGCGUCUCCAAAUUCCAUCUAUACAACAGAAGUUAAUUCAUUUAGCCCAAUUUAUAUUUAUAAUAAUUGAUAAACAAAUGAAAAUAGAAUAAAACUUACUAAUUAAAGAUCCCAAACCAUGAAAAAUAUUGAUCCAAGUAGAGCAUUUACUCAAAUGACCAAAUUGCAUUGGUAUGGAUUAUCACCAUCAAUAAUAUAAACAAACAAACAAACAUGUUGGUCAUUUGAGACACACAGGCCAAUAAAUUUUGACGAACGAACUAACUGACUAACUUGGGCCGGAUAUCAUCAUCGAUCUUUAUCAAAAGAGGGGCAUGAAAUGGGCCAAGAACAUACCGCAACGUUGAAGCCAUAGUUAAUCAAAGUGGCAUUCACAGAAAAGUACUUUCUCUUCAGGGGCUUCAAGGCUUUAUUGUGAACAACUUCCGCCGUCGUAAUGUCCACCGGAGACUGCAACUUUCCGGCCGAGCAUGCCGCGUACUCCGGGCUCAAGCUCCCCCAGUUCUCCGGCCCGGUUGAUCCUCCGUAGCUGAAAUCAGCCACCCUAAUGGCUGCAGAAACAAAACCAACACAAAAUAUUCCACAAUUCAUCAGCAGAAGCAGUAACAAAUUAAGUUGUUGACAUCCACAUCCUCUUUUCUUUCAUCUUCAUCAACUCUAUAUUUUCCUUCUAACCAAACAGGAUUAAUUUCCAGAUGGUUUUGAAAUGGGUGGGUUUAAUUUAUUGCAUAUGUUGCCCCUGUCUCUGCUAUACGUAUAUAACUUCUAAUCUCUAUCUGAAAACCAAAUGAUUUGUAAAGCGUUCAUGGAUUUAAUCGUUUACUGACUACCUUCAAAAAUAGGAACAAAUAUUCUUACAUAACCUUUAUAUAUACCAAAAAUAUAAUCAAAAUACCACAACAAUGUGAUUUCUUUCUUUUUUCGAAUCAUAAAUUACUUUGAUCAGUAUAUUUUCUGUGUAUAACUUUUGAAAAUUCUAUUUCUAUAUAAAAGUUUCCUUUAGAACAUAUAAAUGUCUGUAUAUAAGUUUAAACUUCAAAAACAAUUUCAUUUAAAAUGCAUGAAGUUUCUUUGAAAUAAUAUGCUGUUUUGAAUAUUGAGCUAUAUAUACCCGGUAAAACGUACAAGGAAGGAAGAGCCAAAAGUCAUUAAGAAAAUACCCAUAAAAAUCAAUACACACUGAAGAAAAUCCCAUAAGUUCUGGUAGAGAGAGAGAGAGGGAUGAUACCUUCGGAGUCAAUGACUGGGCUCUCUGCAUGGUUUCGGACGAGCAAAACUGCAAUUGCCAAGACAAAGAAGGCGACUCGGGCAGCCAUAUUUUGUUUUUGUUUUUUUUUUUAAAGUUUUUAAUCCGAGUCUGAUCCUUCUGUGCUGUGGUUUCUUCCCAGACAAACACAAGUAUUUAUACCAGAGAGUUGAUGUUUAGGAAUCCAACUGUAUAUCCAAACAUGUGGCCAUUGCUUAUUCUCCUCUGCUCAUUUUAUGGAGAGGAGAGGAGAGGAGGACUCUGUCAAACUUU